AAGAAACCAUGUUGAUAACAGAGUUCUAUAAAAAUCGGGAAUUGUUUAUAACUGGUGGCACUGGUUAUCUUGGCAAAAGUUUAAUUGAAAAAUUGCUGCGAGAAUGUCCCGAUAUAUCGAAAAUGUAUUUAUUGAUAAGGACAAAGAAAAAUAAAACACCCUUGGAGCGUUUAAAGGAAUUUUCAAAUGAUUUAGUCUUUGAACGUUUGCAUCGUGAGCAACCUAAGGCUUUUGAAAAAGUUAUUCCGAUUGCUGGAGAUAGUGUUCAACUUGGUAUGGGUAUUAGUCAGGAAGAUAUGGAGCGUUUGAAAAAUGUUAACAUUAUAAUACAUGGUGCAGCAAAUGUAAGAUUCGAUAACAAUUUGCGUGAAUCCAUAUUGAUGAACACUAGAGGUACCCAUGAAUUGUUAAAGAUAGCUGUAACUCUGAAGCAAUUAAUAGCAUUUAUUCAUAUUUCAACGGCGUUUAUUAAUCCUUUCAUAUCGUAUAUUAAAGAAAAGAUUUAUGAUGCCCCAGUUGAUUGGCGUUCAGCAUUAAAGAUAGCUGAAACUUAUGACGAUGAGACACUUGAAAUAUUAAAAUUAAAAUACACAAAAUAUUAUCCCAAUGCCUACUGUUUUACAAAAAAUCUAUCCGAACAAGUUCUAGUCGAAUUUGCUGAUAAAUUGCCCCUAACAAUACUGCGCCCAUCAAUAGUUGCACAGUCUAUGAACGAUCCAGAACCAGGCUAUAUUGAUAAUUUAAAUGGUCCUAUGGGCUUGUUAGUUGCCAUCGCUCUCGGAAUUUCACAAAUAACCUAUUGUAAUGGCGAUUUAAUUUUGGCCAUGAUCCACGUAGAUUUAAUAACCGAUUUAACAAUUAUUGCAACAUAUAGACGUGGUCUCGAAACGAUGAAUUCCAGUAAACAUGGUCUAGAUAUACGAAAUUUGACACCCGGUAAUUUAUACAAACAAACUUUAAAUCAAAGCGCUAAAAUUUACCUGAGGAAUGCAAGGAAAGAACCUUUUGAGAAAACUUUGUGGGCUCCAACUGGUUUCAUGUCAACCAAUUAUUAUUUAUUCAUCAUGUGUGUACUAUUCGUAAAUAUACCAUUGGCCCUUGUGUACGAUGUGAUAUUGAUGUUAUCUAAAGAAAAAAGAAUGGUUUUGAAACUGAUGCGUAAAUUUGUCUACACAUCCAAAGUCGUUGAAAAGUAUUCUCAUGAUUAUUUUGAUUUUCAAAAUGAUGGCAUGUGGGAUCUCGUUAAAAGUAUACCAGAAAAAGAAAUGUAUGUUUUUGCUAAAUACCAUCUUAUUAUGUUUAACUGA